GUCUGGUUAGGGGCCCAACAGGGGCUGGUGGAGCCUGCCCCUCAGCCACCUCUCUAGGAGCAGCCUGGGCUUGAGGGGAGGGGGCUUUCCGGACGAGAGCAGGCCUCCAGAGGUGGGAGAGGGGUCUCUAGCUCUAUGUGGAGCCCUCUGUGUAAAUAUAGGCCCCAGGUAUGGGGGCCUAGGGAGCUUCAGCGGUCUGGGGGAGGAGGCUCGAACUGAAUCUGGGAACCUCAGGGUAUGCAAAGGAAGGGGCCCUGGGUGCCUGUGGGGAGGCUCUAGGCGUGUGUAGACAUGUUCUGUGGGAGCUCCAGGUGUGCGCUGGGGCUUGAGGAUCCAGGGGCAGGUGUAUGUGAGAGCCCAGACGUGUGCAGAGGGGCAAGGGCUUCCGGAGUGUUGAGUCAGGAUGGGCGAGUGCCACAACUUGGUUUCGAGGAGUUGCUCCCUUCCCAUUCUACCGCACUCCCAGGUAAAGGAGCUCGAGGUUUUGGGCGGGGAGCCCUGAUCCGCCUGAACAUCUGGCCAGCGGUCCAAGGGGGCUGCAAACAGCUGGAGGUCUGUGAGCGCUGCGUGGAGGGAGACAGAGCGAGCAAUCUCUCCGGCUGCGUGUGGGAGCAGUGCCGGCCAGAAGAGCCAGGACACUGUGUGGCCCAAGCUGAGGUGGUCAAGGAAGGUUGCUCCACCUACAACCGCUCAGAGGCAUGUCCAGCUGCUCACCAUCACCCCACCUAUGAACCGAAGACAGUCACAACAGGGAGCCCCCUAGUCCCUGAGGCCCACAGCCCUGGAUUUGAUGGAGCCAGCUUUAUUGGAGGCGUCGUGCUGGUGUUGAGCCUACAGGCGGUGGCUUUCUUUGUGCUGCGCUUUCUCAAAGCCAAGGACAGCACCUACCAAACACUGUGAGUACCUGGCCAGCAGCGAGUACCUGAGCCCCAGCUCACCUCCUGGCUCCUGCCCACCAUUCCCCUUCAGUACCCAGGGAGCUGUCUCCUCCAUGGGCAGCCCUCAAGAAGGUGACAGCAUCCCCGAUGUGAGCCACACCCCCUUUCUCUCCUCCAGUUGGGAGGCUUUCUCUGUCCCAUGUUGGCUGGGACCAGGACUUAGCCUGGGCUGGUGUCUGGGAACCCAGCUGAGCCCACCUGUGUCGUUUCCCCUCAUGCUGCCAGCAGGGAAGAGAACCAGUAGGUACCAGCCCAGGCAAGCCUGCGGCCCACAUUUCUGUGGCUGUGGGCAGGAGCCGGGCUGUGUGUCUAGUUUGGAUUUGCUCUGGAAGGGAGCCGUGCCUGGGGCCCUCUGUGUGCCGUGUGUGCUGUGGGUGGGUCGCUGCAGCCUGUGUUAAAGUGUUUGUUCUUCCUCUGCUGCCUCCCGUCUGGAGGCAGGGGGUCCUUGGCUGGCUGAGGCAGGGUCACCUUCCUCAGUGUCCUCUGUGGCCUCCGCAUAAUCUGACUCUCUUGGGCCUGGACUCCAUCCUGAGGGGGAAGGAGGAUGCGGAGGCUGGCCUCUUGACCCCCUUGUGGGCAAGCAGGAGGCAGGGGUGGGAAGAACUCUGGCCACCAAUUUUUGGCUCCUGCGGGCACCAAGCAGGCUCAGUGUGCAAUGCCUGACAUCUCCUCCUGUCCUGGGCCUGGAACCCACAGCUGAGAGAAUCCCUCAACUGCCUCAUCUCCUCCAUCAUCCCUGCUGGGCCCCUCAGCCUGGCACUGGGUUGUGUGCCUGCCUCUUCCCACCAACUGGCCUGGGCACUGCCCCCAAAUAAAGGAACUCUACACUGUG